UAUGAUUUAGUCCACUAAUGGCGUGUCUUCCGGUACCACACGUUAUAACGUCAAAAUGGCUAAGAAAAAAGGCGACGAAAAAGUGAACCCAACCCCUCAAAGCGAUAAUGAGGAGCAGAAUUUUGACGAGGAGCCUGACUUUGAUGAUCCGGAAGGUUUCGUCGAUGACAUUCCCGACGAAGAGUUGUUGGCUGACAUCCUAGAGCAAAAACCUAAGGAGUCUGACGGUUACGAGAAUGUGAUCGUGGUGGACGGCUGCCCGCAGGUCGGGCCUGAGCGUCUCGAGAAGCUCCAGAGCGUUAUCAACAAGAUCUUUAGCAAGUUUGGCAAGAUUGUCAAUGAGUAUUAUCCUACCACGGAAACUGGAGUCACCACGGGAUUCAUUUUCCUGGAGUACAGCAACCCUCAGAGCGCUGCGGAGGCCGUCAAAGCCACGAAUAAUUGUAAAUUAGAUAAGCAACAUACAUUUUUAGUGAAUUUGUUCACUGACUUCAAAAAAUGUUCGGAAAUUCCCAAAGAAUGGGAGCCUCCGGCGCCACAACCGUUCAAGGUGCAAUCAGACCUGCAAUGGUACCUGAUGGACCCAGAUGCGUACGACCAGUUCCUUGUUGGAAUUGGUACUGGAGUGGCCCUGCAGGUGUGGCAAAAUGCCUUGCCUGAACCUGUGUUACUGCAAGAAAGACCGAACUGGACAGAAACAUAUGCAGUAUGGUCUCCUCUGGGCACCUACCUGGCGACCUUCCACUGGCGUGGCGUAGCCCUCUGGGCUGGCCCUAAGUUCUCACAGUUCCAGAAGUUCUUCCAUCCUGAAGCACGGUUCAUCUCCUUCUCGCCGUGUGAAAACUACAUUGUUACAUUCUCACCCAGCGGUGACCGAGGGGAUGACAAGAAACUCAUUAUCUGGGACAUUAGGACUGGUCAAGAGAAGCGUAGCUUCCCGCCUCCAGACGAGUACGUGACAUGGCCGAUCUUCCGCUGGAGUAAGGACGAUCGGUUCUUCGCUCGCCUGGGCCCCGACGUGCUCUCCGUGUAUGAGACGCCAGGCUUCGGUCUACUCGACAAGAAGUCUAUCAAGAUUCCUGGUAUCAGAGACUUCAGCUGGUCACCAACCGACAACGUACUUGCUUAUUGGGUAGCCGAAGACAAGGAUGUGCCAGCCAGAGUGACACUCCUAGAACUGCCAAACCGCACUGAGAUCCGGUCUAAAAACUUGUUCUCUGUAGCCGACUGUAAGAUCCACUGGCAGAAGAGUGGUGACUACCUCUGCGUGAAAGUAGACCGGUACUCCAAAGUGAAGAAGGACAAAAAUGACAUCAAAUACUCCGGAAUGUAUUACAACUUUGAAAUAUUCCAUAUGAGAGAAAAGGAGAUACCGGUUGACUCUGUUGAAAUAAAGGAGCCAAUUCAGGCGUUCGCUUGGGAGCCAGUUGGGUCAAAGUUCUCUAUCAUCCAUGGUGAUCCUGCUAAUAUCUGCAUUAGUUUCUACCAAGUGAAUACUGGGCAGGCCCCAACAUUGCUGAAGAAGUUUGAACGUAAACCGUUCAAUCAUCUGUUCUGGUCGCCGUCUGGACAGUUCAUCGUGCUAGCCAAUCUGGGUCUGACCGGAGGCGCUCUCGAGUUCCUUGACACUAACGAUUUCACUAUCAUGAAUGUCUCGGAUCAUUAUCAGAUGUCCGGCAUAGAGUGGGACCCAACAGGCCGCUAUGUGGUGACUGGCGUCUCCUCGCUCAAAUGCAAAAUGGACUGCGGAUACUACAUCUGGUCCUUCCAGGGCAAGAUCCUUAGGAGGGUGAUGAAGGAAGGGUUCGCGCAGUUCCACUGGCGGCCGCGCCCGCCGACGCUGCUGUCGGAGAAGCAGCAGAAAGACAUCAAGAAGAACCUCAAAAAGUACUACUCGCAGUUCGAGUCCAAGGACCGCAUGCGCAGCAGCAAGGCUAGCAAGGAACUGGUGGCUAAGCGCACGGAGCAGAUGAAGAAAUACGUGGAGUACCGCGAACAGAAGUCGCAGGAGUGGAACGAGCAGAAGCCGCGCCGGCUGGAGCUCAGGAACUACGUGGACACGGACGGUCUCGACACCGACCAGGCGAACUCAGUAGAGGAAGUUGUUGAAUUUUUCGUGAAAGAGGAAAUUACUAACAUCGAGUAGUCGCCAUACCUCCCGCACGUUAGAGGUCGGGGAUCCCUCCGGCCUCCGAGAAACCGGAUACAACCGGUUCAAACUAACACCUUUUUACUACUACAGACAGCACUAUCAACAGUUUUUUUAUACCGUCAUCCCGAUAUUAUCUUUAUUAGUCACAAAUAUCAUAAGCAGUAAUUCCAUUAUGUUGUUCAGUGUAAAAUUUCGGUUUAUAAAUUAUACAAUAGGUAAUGUUAAUAGAAAUCAUAUUAAAUUGAUAUGUUACAAAUGGAAUGUGCCUUUUAAUACCUGUCUGUAUAAUUAUGUUUGUUUAUUUUCUAGACUAUUUAUCACAGGAUUGUUGUAAGAUGAUGGUAUGAAAUAAACUUGAUAAAAUGAAAUAAA